GCCCAUCUGCACUCGUUGCUCUUCAAAGCAGGAUCGUCAACUUGACCUUCGAGGUCAUAUGAUACCUGCUAUCGAGAACUUGGGUGUUACUAGAGAUCAACAUGACACGAUCGAUUUAACGGACAAUGCCAUCACAGUGCUAGGCAACAUCCCUCUUUCGCCCCGUCUACAUUCGCUCCUUCUCGCCAACAACUCGAUCCAUUCCAUUCACCCAUCCAUACCUACGAGUGUUCCAAACCUAACAACACUCACCUUGACGAAUAAUGCUUUUGCGGAACUGGGCGAUCUGGAGAUACUGGGGAAAUGCACAAAAUUGGAGUAUUUAGCCUUGCUGGGCUGCCCAGUCCGAGAAAAGAAAUGGUAUCGCCAGUGGGUGAUAUUCAACUGCCGUUCUCUUCGCGUUCUCGAUUUUGAGCGAAUCAAAGAUAAAGAACGUAAAGCUGCUCGUCAGCUCUUCUUGACACCGGAUAACCUCCCUACAUCUCUCCACACCACUCUUUCACAGACACGAACAGCAGCCAGUGUCAACACUGAAGGUAAAGGAACAACUGCAGGCAACAAGACCUUCGUGCCAGGCGCCAGUGGUCGAUUGAUGACGGCUGAGGAGAAGAAUCGCAUUCGAGAGGCGUUGGCAAGGGCAACGAGUGCGGAAGAGGUGAAGCGGUUGGAACAGGAGUUGAGAGAAGGAUAUCUCCCUUCGUGAGCCCUGGCCAGGCCGUUCUUUCGUUCUCCGGGGCAUAUUUUGCUGUGUUGGCGAUGAUGGUUAAUCAGAGGUGUUGGUGCUUGUACAUGCGCUUAUGGAGUAUCUCAGACUGGGAACUACGCCGCAAUGCGCGCGAUGUAGCUGUCACAGUUGCACGAUGUGUCUAAAUUUUCUGUGUACUAUGAAGUGCAUGUUGAAAUUAUGCAGUGAACGUGCCACCCCAGCCGUCAUUGAAUGAGCAGCUUCGACCUUUGCAC